AUGAUCGCUAUUGCGGAGCCGCACUCCCUGCACGCUGCGGUCUCCAUCGGGUUGGACUCUGAGACCAUCAUCUCUCGGCUCAGCAUGCUGUGCAAGACGCGAGUGCCGACAUCCAUUGAGAACUUCAUCCGCAACUGCACAGCUGUGUACGGAAAAGUGAAGAUGGUGAUAGUGGAUGACCGCUUCUUCCUGGAGACUCCUUCCAAGGCAAUCUAUGAGCGGCUGAGAGGAGACGAUGUCAUCAAGAGCGCAAUGACUGGAAGGGAAGGUCAAGGCAUCCUCAACGACACCGACAUGCCUUCCCUGCCAGAGGGCAUGAACGUGUUGGGCAAGGGUGAGCCGUCCAUGGGGGCGCUGAAUGACGACAAAGGGGCGAAGAAGGACGAGGCAAGGAAGGACGAGGUGGCUGCACUGGAAGAUCUCAUCGAGAUCGGUGAAGAUGACAGCGGGGCUGACGUCCGUGGGAACGACGUGCCGAGGUCUCAGAUGUGGCAGAUCGAGAUCCGUCGGAGCAUGCACCUUGAUGUGAAGAAGCAGUGCCUUGAGAUCAACCUGCCCGUGCUCGAGGAGUAUGACUUCGCAAACGACAGGGUCACUCCGGACCUCAAGAUCGAGGCCCGGCCAGGGACUUUCAUUCGCUCCUACCAAGAGAAAUCCCUUUCCAAGAUGUUCUCGCACGGCAGAGCUCGUUCGGGUUUCAUCGUCCUCCCCUGUGGUGCAGGCAAGACGCUGGUUGGGAUCUCAGCUGUUGCGAAUAUCAAGAAGUGCGCUGCUGUGAUCUGCAAUACGUCCAUGGCGGUGACGCAGUGGAAGCAGCAGUUCACCAGCACCUGGACCAACGUGAAGGAGUCAGACGUUACUUGCUUUCUGAGCAAAGGAGGAGACUGGCAGAACAAGCCUCUUGGGAAACUCCUUAUCACAACCUAUCCUAUGAUCACGUUGGACAAGAAGAGAUCGAAGGCGGGUGAGGCGCUGAUCGAAGAGAUCAAGAAGCGGCAGUGGGGGAUCAUAGUGCUGGACGAGGUUCACCUGAGUUUUGCUGAGAAGUUCUGGCAAGUUCUCAACGUAGUGAAUGCCCACUGCAAGCUUGGACUGACGGCGACGCUCGUCCGUGAAGACGACAAGAUCAAAGAGCUCAAGAAUCUGAUAGGGCCGAAGCUCUAUGAGGCAGACUGGCAGGAUCUCUCAAACCAAGGAUAUCUUGCAAGAGUUCAAUGUGUGGAGGUUUGGUGCCCGAUGACACCUCUCUUCAUGCGAACGUACCUUGAAUCCACAGCCCGGCAGAGAAAGGAUCUAUGGAUCAUGAAUCCAAACAAACUUGCUGCCGUGGAAUUUCUUAUUCAUUUUUGGGAGGAGGCUGGGCACAAGAUCAUUGUGUUCUCCGACGACCUUCGUCCCAUCGUUGCCUACAGCGAUCGGAUGAAUCGUCGUUGCAUGACCGGAGAUGACGAUGCAGCGACGAGGGAGGAGGUCCUGAGCAAGUUUCGUGACGCGAGCUCCGAGGUCAAGACGCUGUUCAUGUCGUCCGUCGGAGAUGCCGCCAUCGAUCUCCCCGACGCCUCCGUCAUCAUCCAGAUCUCUUCCAACUUCGGGUCAAGGCAGAAGGAAGCUCAACGACUUGGCCGCAUCCUCCGCCCCAAACCCGGUUCCAAUGCCCGAUACAACGCGCAUUUCUAUACCCUCGUAUCCAAGGACACGCAGGAGAUGUACUACUCGACGAAGCGACAGAGAUAUCUAGUGGAUCAGGGCUACGCGUUCAAGGUUGUCACACAGCUCGAGGACCAUCGCGGACUGGACAUCUUCACCAUGAACAAGGGCGCAGGCAAGUAUGGCGGUACAGAGCUUGAGAAGGAUCUGCUGCAGCUCGCCAUCGAAGACAGGAAAGAAGCCAAGGAACGCGUACAGGCUGCUCUCCAGUCUGCUGGAGCCUACGGAACAGGAUCGGUGAAACGAGUCUCUGGGAGCAUGAGCGGCCUGAGCGGCGGCAAGAGUCUGGUGUAUGGAGAGUAUGAGAGACAGAGGCCCGCAGGGCCUCGCCACAAGGACUUCGAGAAGUUCUACAGCAAGAAGAAACCGAAGAACUGA